AUGCUUCUAUUAGUUGCGAAGCUGUGCAAAGCAUUCGGACAUACUGCACAGGAGAAAUUGUUUCAUGUUGUUGAUCUGGAUUCGAGACACACCAACGGGAUAUUCCACCGAGCUCGACUGCUACUCCGAACACUCGUACCUCGCCCAGACCUACGGGGUAAAGUCAAGAAUCUCUCAAUUUACCUCGGAAGGAAUCUUUUAACCAAAACCUUCCCCGCAGAGAAGACUAGUAGAAUAUACAACCAGAUCGAAGACCCCCUCGAUCAAGGAGAUAUCAAUUCCAUCAUCGAGCACAUGGUAGACCAACAUUGGGGUAUGGUUGGGGGAAGAAGUGGGCCUGAAGCUGAGGAGUUCCGUGGACGCACUCGAGGAUCGCUAGGGGCUCUUUUUGUUUUGAUGCCCUGCGUAGAAGGCUUGGAGAUCAUUUCAGAGCUUGUAGGACAGCCGCCUUAUCUAACUCUCUUUCGCCCCUUCCGAGUUCCUCUCGAGCGUAUCCCAGCCUUUGCCAACCUGCGUAGCUUGGUUAUUCACCAGAGCAUGUGCAGCGAGAUUCCGUGGCUCGACAUCGAGAGCCUGACCCGCCUUGAGCUUUCGAAAAUCUCGGGCCAGGCUUUGAAGUCUUUCGCCAACAAUCGCGUCAACCCGCCCAUGCUUUCUAAAAUUAAACACCUCUCUCUGAAACACGAUGACGACGAAUUCAGCGGGUUUCCUUCCAUUGACAUUCGGAGCGAUGUUACUGUAAGUUAUUCGGAUCUAUUGAGCUACCUCUCCGCAUCCCACAGCAGCUUAGAGACCCUAACUCUUGUGUGGCCCGGCCGGAGUUUUGAUCCCAUCGACGCAUACGCUAUCACCAGUCUUCGACCUUUCAAGCGCCUGCGUCAUGUGGAAAUUGAGCAGAUGGCACUCUUCGGCUAUCCGUUUAGCCGCAUCAACAAGACAUGGGACGCAGUCAAUCAAGUGGAGGUUGAGAUGGAGGAAGACGCGCUGCUAGGGAGAAUGCCAGAUUCUCUGGAGACAUUGACUGUGCAGGGCGGAUAUGAAAAAUGGGAGUCCGCAGAGUUUCCCAAAGAGGUGGGUUAUAUAUUGUGUCGCCUGGGCAACAUUGUGAACAAGGCUUGCCAGGAGAAUUUGAAUGUCGAAAACCUGAAACGGCUGUUGGACGAAGAUGAUACAUCGAGCCUCUGUGGCGAGGAAGAGGCUACUCCCAGCCUUGCUGAUGAUGAGAACGGAGAUGAUCAGUCCCAAGAAUGCGACGGCGAUGUGAUCUUCAUCGAUGCCGAUUUUGGCCUCUACGGACAUGAAGAGGGUGACGAGGACGACUGUCCGGGCUCGCAUUGCACGAAGGUUGAUGAGCCAGACGAAGAGUAUUGGCAGCCUGGCGAUAGCGAAUACUUCGAAGAAGAGCCAGAUCUGAUUGAGCUGCCCAAUGAGGACGGAUCGGCGAACCUGCAGAGGGUAGUCUUGAAGGUCAACACACCUAUUGACGAAAUUCCGCCUGAGGCAAUGAAGUUAUGCGAGGUGUACAAGUGGAAGUACUACGGGGUGGACGCCGACUUCCAGUGCAAAUAUUGA